AUGUCUGCUCAGCAUCCCCACUCCCAUCCCCACCACGAGCCAUCGCGCUACUUCAGUCGCACUGCUGUCGUCGCCGCCUCACCACAGGAUGUCGUCAACCCGCGCAUACUCGAUGCGAGCAUCCGCGACGUCACAGAACGCCUGUCGAACGAACAGAAGGCAGAAGUGCUCAUCCAUGCCAUGAACCUCCUCAAACUCGCAAAUCCGUUCUCACACCAUAUCGUCGAGAACGGCGUGAUGAGCUGUCUGAUGGCGGCCAAAAUCGGCACGCCGCAGCGCGUACAGGCGCUUCUUCUGCGCGGCCGCGCACGCAUGGCGGCGGGAGACAUCGGGAAGGCAAGACAAGACCUUCACAAAGUACUCGAACUCGUACCCGACCAUGCCGUCGCUAAUUCUCUGCUCUCCAUCCCCUCGUCAAGUUCUCAAGGUACUAAAGACUCUCGGCUAUGGAGCAUUGAGAGCGCCUCGCGACGGCUCUCACCAGAGCUCUGGCGGCAGAUCGCCUCCUUACUCCCUCGACGCGACCUCAAAACGCUCAUGCAAAUUCCACACGUCCUCUCUCGUAUUGCAUUCGAACUCGUAUUUGAACGGGUUGAUCUGCAUAUUGGCGUAUGCAGGUUGAAUGGUGAGGACAAAAACUGGGGCGAUGGGGAUCAAGACCAUCCCGAUCGGCCUGGUUACCGUCUCGAAAAGCAACUUGCUCAACGAACGGCUGAUAUCGUGGCGAGGAUUGUGCUUGAUCCGUCCUUUGCGAAGCUCAUCAAAACCGUGCGGAUCUCUGCGGAAAGGACGGAUCGUAGUCAGCAUAUGGCGUUUCGAACAAACAUGUUGGCAACUGCAUUACCAAAAUUGAUACACUUGAAGGAAGUCAUAUUCGCUGGCUCGAAUGAAGUUUGGAAUAGAUUUGCGGAAGUGUUGACUUCGACGCAUCCGAGGCUGCAGAGCUUGAUUAUCGAACCUGAACAUGAUUCGGAGCCUGUGUUACCACACCUUACACAUCUAUCGCAGUUCAAAAUCGUGCGCGAUCAUGCGAGCCAUUCGCUCGGGACGUUCCUCGCGCAGAAUAGGAGUACACUGAAGAAACUGUGCUUGUGUGCAUACUAUGCUGCAUUUCCAGCGCCUCCUGCAGUAUCGUUUGGGAACCUAACGCAUUUGGAGUUUGUGGGUACCGUGCCUGCGUGUGCAGAUACGUUGGAGCAGAUCUUCGCGGCGGGCAACCAGCUCGUCAGUCUUCGUCUGAAUUGUGUACUCCUCACGGGUGUGUCGGACGCGUUUAGGAAGUUCCCCAACGCCCUACCACGUCUCAAAUACUUCGGUUUUCGUGCACUCGACCACUUAGGAGCCAAGGCGACCGACCCCAUGCUUUUCCCUUCGAUUGCUGAAUUCCUUCGUUCGCACCCCGACUUGGAGAAGUUGGAGCUUGACGUUGCAGGCGAGUCGAAUCAGAAGAGUUUCGGAUAUGAUGCCAGUGUGUUGGGUGUGUUGCCCAGUCUGGGAAAAUUGAGGCAGCUUGCGGUGACGGUUACGAAGGAUGCGAGUCCUGGGUUGUUUUCGUGGAUUAUUCCUAGAGGCUUGCUUGCGUUGCUUUUGAAUGGAGUACCAAGGAGGAAUUGUGAACAGUUUAUGAUUACGAUGCGACCAGGUCUCCCGCCAAACCUCCGCUAUCUCGCCCUCCUCGGUACAGAAGUGCGAGACGAAGCACACUUCGUCGACACCGUCCUCCCGCGGUCUCUCAGACUUGUUAACAUCUCCGAUCGAUUUUACACCAUUCGUCGCCGCAAACCCAAUAAAAAUGAUAAAGCUAGUAAAGAUAAUAUUGAUGGGUAUGGGAAAUUGGAGGGACUGGAUGAGUGGCCUGAGAGAAGGGUACAGUUGCAUGCGGAGGAGUGGUUGGAGAGUCUUGGGUGUGAGGAUGCGCUUUGGGAUGAUUUUGCGCCUGGGAGUUAUUAA